AUGCAGAGCCACGGUGGCGGCGACUCCACUUUGAAGAAGGCGAAAUCGAGAGAAGUGAGCCCGAGAUACCUCUCACCGGCUUCUUCUUCAUCUUCAUCAACGAUCGAUUAUUACCGCGGCACCCAUGAAUCCCCAAAUAGCAUUCUCUCUCCAACAAAACAGAAGCCUGAUCAAUCGCGAAAGCCUAAAACCCUAGAUAAAAAAUCAUCAGGCUUUCUCCGCGGGCUUUGGCCCUCAUCGUCGGCGCCGUCACCGUCCAAGGCGAAGAAGAAGAAGGCCGAAAUGCUCGCCGAUCUCAUCAGCGACGAGAGGCUCCAAGAGUCGAAGCAUCGGAGUAGUAAACCAAAAAAUGAGCGGAAUCCGCCACUGGCUCUCGGCCGGCAGCGGAGCUGCACCGAAUUCAGUCGGUUCGGGAGUCAGAGGGAGAGUUCGAAGGAGAAUCGCAACCCAAUUUUGGGCGGAUCGAUGCGAUAUUUGGGGAAAUUCAAAUUUUCCGGUACAUCGCAGUCGUCGGAGGAAGACGAAAAUAUCAUGCCGGGAAGAUUAUCUGUUGAUGAGGUGGCGGUGAGAAAGAAUUCUUUUCCAAAACACCCCGAAUAUUGCGAUUCGGGCUCGGAAUCCAGUGACACCGGCCCGAGUUUUGAUUUCUCGCCGGCUUCGUAUAUGGCCCCGACCGUCAGCUCAAGAAAGCACGGGAUCAAUGUGCCGUCUCGAUUCAUGCAGGAUCGGUCGCGGUCCCGGCGAUGGAGUGACGGCAGCAAAUAUUCGUCGGAAAAUAUUUAUAACGAAAAUAAUAAUAUUAAUAAUUCUCCGAAGAUUUUAAAUAUGAAGAAGGGGAGUGGAGGUUGGGCCGGCUCACCGGGCUCGGUGAGAGGUCCGUUAGGUGACAAUAAGGGGAAGGUGGCGGAGAAGCCGCCGGUUAGCCCCUCGAGGGGGAAAGGAGUGAGGAAUAUUUUGGAUUUGGGGAUUGAAUUGGUGACGGGGAGGAAAUCGUCGCCAAGUUCGUCGGUGCUUGGGCCGGGCUCGGCCGAGAAUGUGCAUCAAUUGAGGUUGCUACAUAGUGGCUUGGCUCAAUGGAGGUUUAGCAAUGCAAGAAGUGAUGUUGCUAAUGAGAAUUAUGUCAAAGAAUGUGAGGAAAAGUCCGGACAUGUUCAAAUUGCCCUUCACAAGCUUCAACAAUCAAUCAUACAAAAGAAAUUUCAGCUACAAAAGGAGAAGUUGGAGAUGAAAUUGGAUUACAUAAUACGCUCUCAGAUUAAGGCAUUGGAGGCUUGGGCAAAUAUGGAAAUACAACAUUCAACAGCAGUGUCAAAUACAACAAAUUGUUUGCAUUCUGUUGUUUGCAAAUUACCCCUCGUUGAUGGAGCAAAGGUUGAACCACAGAUGACUUCAGUUGCUAUGUGUCAUGCAUCAAAUAUUGCAACAAAAAUCAACAUGACGGUUGCUACUUUUCAACCUACGGUUGAGAAAACGGUGGGAGUUGUAGCUGAGUUAGCAAUGGUGGCUAUACAAGAGGCGCAACUGUUGGAAGAAUGUUUGGAGCUUUUCAAAUUCAUUUCUGCAUUGGAGUUGGAAGAGAGGCAUUUGAGGGGUAGCAUGAUGCAGUUAAGGUUGAUGGAGCAGCAACAGCUAGGGGAUGUUGGCGUAACAUCUUGUUACACACACUAG